AUGGAAAUUCCCGGUGCUCAACAACCAGCUCCCUCGGUGCCUGAAGCAGAAGUUCAAAAAGGAGGGUAUUUCAGACGACGCUCACGACAAAAUAAUAAUGAGAAUGCACAAUUUGCUGCUAAGACUGUGAAUGUUGAUUCAAAAUGCAAUAAUGAGGAGUUGAGAAAGAUUAUGGAUAAGAGCAUAGCAGAAAGCACGGCCACAUCAAAAAGAGCAAUAGCCAAAAAUGCUCGAGAACAUUUUGGUUCCUCAUUUGACGUUGUCUGCAGCACAGGCAAUUAUUUUAAAAUUAUUUUUAAAAUUAAAAAAUCCUCUUUUAGCUGA